AUGCCACCCGAGUAUAAGUUGAUUAUGAAUACUUGUGUUAAACAAGCGGAAGAACUGGAAUUGUUUCGGUCGGAAACAGAAAAAAAUAAAAAAGAUUUUAUGGCAUUGAUAAAUGUUAAAGAAAGCAUUGAACUUUUGUUAGAAGAGAAAGAAAAAGAAUAUUUAGAAAAAAUAAGAGAGUGUGAAGCUGUAACUGGGGGACAAACUGGUAUGAUAAAUUCGAUGGAAUUUUUAUUGAAAGAUUUGGAGGGUAAAAUGGAUUGUUUAAUCAAUGAAAAUCAAAGACGUAAAAAUUCUUUAAUGAAAGAUCGUCAAGAAGAUCAACAUAAAGAUCGUUUAGCAAAACGUUGGGUUGAGGAUGAUGAAGUGUCAACGUGUCAACAACCAGGUUGUGAUGUUAAUUUUAAUUUGUGGAAUAGAAGACAUCAUUGCAGAAGAUGUGGAUAUAUCUUUUGUAAUACUCAUAGUGCAUACUCGAUGUUAUUAUUUCCUGAUGGCAGUGAAGAUUGGGGUGGUGUAUGGUCAAGAGUUUGUGGAAAAUGUUUUAAAAACACUUGA